AUGGCCUGGGCUGCCCCCAGGUCUCUGACCCCCUUUCGCAUCCUUAGCCGUCGCUGGGCCUGUGUCCGUCGGGGCCCGGAACCUGACGGCCCAGCCCUGACUCCAGACCUUGUCCAGUGGUCUGUGGCAGCCCAGAACACCAUAGCUGGCCUUGGAGUUAGCAUCAGCCAUGAGCUCAUCAGGCUGGAGAUCAUCCCUGAGGUUCUGGAUCUGACCCUCACUGAUCUUCCCAGCAUCACCAGUGUGGCCGUGGGAAACCAGCCCCAGGACAUCAGACUGCAGGCAAGGCUUCUGGUGCACUCAUACAUCCAGGGGCAACAGACCAUCAACUUGGUGGUGGUCCCCUGUAACGUGGACAUUGCCAGCACAGAGGCACUGAGCGUGGCUCGGGAGGUGGACCCCGUUGGAGACAGGGCCAGAGGUAAGAAGAAAGAACCUAGCUUCCAGAAGACGGGCACCGAAAAAGUUGUCAUGAGUGUGGUGUGGAAUAUCACGUCCCGUCUUGAGAAGGGUUACGGGAUAGCAACGUGUGGACCGGCAGGAGAUCAGAUCACGAACAAGCUGACGUUGGCGGAGGCAACGAAGGAAGAAAUGUUCUUCCAGACACAUCGGUAUUUCAGGUGACAUUCUUCAGGACGGUCCUAGAACAGAACUCCGUGGGAGCCAGCCCUGCCUUCCGGAACCGGCCAAGGUUCACACUUUGUCGACCUUGACAGUGAAACAGCCAGUUAUUUUCCCAGCCUGUCAGACAAAAGCAACGAAUUCUUCUGAGCCAGGAAACACGUACUCCCAAGAACAUUGAGUUGGAAGAAAGAAGCCAGUGGUUCUCCAACUGCAAUGUGCACAAGAAUCACCUGGGGGCGCCUGGGUGGCUCGGUCGGUUAAGCGUCCGACUUCGGCUCAGGUCAUGAUCUCACAGUCUGUGAGUUCGAGCCCCGCGUCGGGCUCUGUGCUGACCGCUCGGAGCCUGGAGCCUGUUUCGGAUUCUGUGUCUCCCUCUCUCUCUGCUCUUCCCCUGCUCAU